AUGUAUCCCGUAACUGGCCUUUUAGGAAACGCUCGCGAUCUCGUUGAGAUUAUCGAAUGGGCCGCUGUCGUCCUGGAUGAAGAACAUUGGGAUGGCGAUGUAAAGCAGACUAUUCGUGAAGAGGUCCUCGUCCUUGCGAAAGCGUUUGAUAGUGUGGAAGGCGCUCAUACCCGCGAGUUUUCGCUGAAGGGUACCAAGACCGCAAAGCGUGUGAGUCAUCAUUAUAACUAA